AUGUUCAAACCAACAGUCGCUCGCAAUUCCUUCAAGGCUCUAAACACAGCUCGUCCCGCUGCGUUUGCAGCUUCACGGCCAGCUGCAGCCUUCACUCGGCCCCUGUCUUAUACUCCCGCUCUCCACAAGAAAAGCAAUGACCCCUCAAAGGACCCUAUUGAAGCUGCUACGACUAGAGCUCCGGAGGGUGCAUCUGGAGAGCAUGAGGGUCAGUUUGCUCGUACCGAUGAGAGUGUUCAUAUCGAAUACCCUCCCGACAGCGAGAUGCCCGCCCAGCCCGUUGUUCAGGGCCGUGGUGGUAAGCACUUUAAGCGUACCCUAGCUCAAUUCUCGCUGGAGAAAAAGGUUAGCAUGGUUACUGGUGGUGCUCGUGGCUUGGGGCUUGUUAUGGGACAGGGUCUUGUUGCUUCGGGCUCUGAUUUAGCUAUUGUUGAUCUUAACAGGGACGAAGCUGUGACAGCUGCCCAGUCGCUUAUUGAUCAAUUCAGAAAGGAGAACCCGGGUAUCGAGGACACCGACAUGCCCACAGUCACAGCCCACUACGCCGACGUCGCAAACCCAGACUCAGUAAACGCCGCCCUAACCGAAGUGCUAGAAAAGCACGGCCAAAUCGACAACCUAGUCACCUCAGCCGGCUUCACCGAGAACUUCGACGCUAUCAACUACCCCUUCGAUCGUAUGCAGAAGCUAUGGGGCGUCAACGUGGAUGGAACCUACCUCUUUGCCAUCGGCGUCGCCAAACACCUCAUGGAACGCAAGGCCCCUGGUAGCAUCGUCAUGAUCGGCUCCAUGUCCGGUGCCAUCGUCAAUGUCCCUCAACCCCAGGCUCCGUAUAACGCAGCUAAGGCCGCUGUGCGCCAUCUAGCUGCUUCGCUUGCUGUGGAGUGGGCUGGCCAUGAUAUUCGUGUUAACUGUAUUAGUCCUGGCUACAUGCUGACUGCUCUUACCCGCAAAAUUCUCGACGAGAACCCCCAACUCCGCGAUAAGUGGACUUCUCUUAUCCCAGCUGGAAAGAUGGGUACACCUGAGGAUUUGAUGGGCGCCGUGACUUUCCUGCUUAGCGAUGCGUCUAAGUACAUUACUGGUGCGGAGCUCCGCGUUGAUGGCGGGUACACUGUGACCUAA